AUGCCGCCGUUCAAUAAUAUGAGCGCAUUGCCAUCGCUGCGCAAACAACAGCUCCUCUCAGAAUUCGCUGGACUCAAGCAAGCAUGUCCCGAGGGAAUAUUUGUUAGUCUCACUCCAGGAGACGCCACGCUCUGGUCUGGCGUACUCUUCGUUCGCAAAGGUCCUUACUGUCCUGCUAUACUCAGAUUCCAAAUAUCCUUCCCCGACUCGUAUCCUCAGCUCCCACCUCUCGUCGUCUUCUCAACAGACAUGUUCCAUCCUCUCAUCACACCCUUAACAACAUACAUGUACACAACCGACAUCCAGGAAAGCGGCACAGUGAGUGCCUCGGAUCAAGAGCGAUUACCGCCAGGAGGCUUUAGUUUGCGUCAUGGUUUCCCUGACUGGUUCGGACGAGGAAGACGGAGUAUGGUGGAAGCGAAACAAGCGCCUGUAACGAGUCCUGAUACGGCCAGUAACUCGACAACAUCAGCAGCUCCGUCGGGAACGCCUUCGUAUAUGCGCACCGGAAAAAAGAGUGUUUCGGCUUAUGAAGUUCUACACUAUAUCCGCAGUGCCUUUGAUACAGAGGAAGUUCUCGACUCAGUACCCCUCGCGGCAGCAGGAAACCCGGGAGCUUGGCACGCAUGGCGAACGCACCGCAAAGCGACGGGAAAGUUGAUAGAAGACACCCUUGAGGACGAAGAGCAGAAGGAAAGAGAGCAAAGCGAGCAUAGGGCAGAGAGCGUAAAAUCGGGGUCAUCUACAGCUACACCUAGACGACCUGGAGAGUGGAAUUGGGAUGGAGUCUGGGAGGAUAGAGUCAAGAAGAAUAUUUCCGCAAGCUUGUCAGAGCCGGUCCUCUAUGGGGAGACCAAGACUUCGGAUGAUCUGAUCAAGUUUCUUGCGAUGGAGGACACCGAUAUCGAUUCUGUAAAGGAGAACCUGCGCCGAACACUUGGGCAAGCUACUUGA